UGCUCCAAUAAUUGCCAUUUCUGUAGAGCAUUCAUCACGUCCACGGACAAACAUGUCUCCGGUGAAGGUGUUCGGGCACCCGAUGUCGACGAACGUCGCACGGGUGCUGCUCUGCCUGGAGGAGGUCGGCGCCGAGUACGAGCUCGUCACCGUCGACUUCCUCGCCGGCGAGCACAGCAGCCCCCAGCACGUCCAGCGAAACCCGUUUGGGAAGAUCCCUGCGUUCCAAGAUGGCGAACUCGUCCUGUUCGAGUCCCGCGCUAUCGCCAAGUACAUCCUCAGGAAGUACAGGACAGCCGACCUCGACCUACUCAGAGAAAGCAGCGGCAUCGAAGAAUCAGCAAUGGUGGACGUGUGGACGGAGGUGGAGGCCCAGCAGUACUACCCGGCCAUGUCGCCGGUGGUGUUCGAGUGCAUCAUCUAUCCGGUCAUGCGCGGCGCCGCGACGAACCAGAUCGUCGUCGACGAGAGCCUGGAUCGGCUGAGGGGUGUGCUGGGGAUCUACGAGGCUCGGCUGGAGAAGAGCAGGUACCUGGCCGGAGACUCCGUCAGCUUCGCCGAUCUGAACCACUUCCCGUUCACGUUCUACUUCAUGGCGACCCCCUACGCGUCGCUGUUUGAUGAAUUCCCCAAGGUGAAGGCCUGGUGGGAGGGGCUGAUGGCGAGGCCGGCGGUGCAGAGGGUCUGCAAGAAUAUGCCGACGGAGUUUUAGUUCCACUAG